UAUUGAUGUAAAAAUGAAUGAUUAUGAAUUAGCCACGAUUGGAAAGAGAAAAUACCAUAAUUUUGUGUAACAAGCGAUUUUAUUCAAGUUUUGUGGUAAAUUAUAUAAAAUUAUAGAAUCGCAGUAAUAACAGGCAAAAAUGUUAAGAUUUCGUCCCAAAUUAGGGAGUGAGCGCAACAGCGAAUGGCGCUGUUGUUUCUGUCUACAUGUGCGCACAGGUACCAUUCUCUUGGGGACAUGGCACCUCAUGCUGCACCUCAUAGCGUUAGGAUUCCUAGCGGCUAUAGUGCGUGAUCCCCGACUGCUUGACGAGUUGGAACGGGACUCUGCCCCUGUCCCUAACUGGAGCGAUGUAGCGCGAGGCAAUGAAGCUAUCCCCACGCCUCUUUCUAAUGUGGAGCCUCCACCAAGCUCGUUCCCGCAACAUGUUGAAUCGCCUAGAGAUCACAGCCUCAUAUAUCAUGAUGUGGAUGUGGGUGCACUGGUUACAGUGUGUACCCUGGCCAUCACAUUCAUGCUGAUCUAUGGAGCUGCGCUCGGCAAGCCCGCCCACCUUCUUCCUUUCUUCUGUCUUCAGAUCUUCGACUUUGCUAUUACUGUCCUGACCGCUACGGGCUACCUGUGCUACUUGCGCUCCAUCCACCGGCUGGUGGCGGAGACCCGGCGCGUGCCGUGGCGCGCUCAACUGCUUCAGUUACCUGCGCCCUGCCUCGCACUAGUUGUACUCUCUGCAUUCCUAGUUGCCGUGCUGCUUAAGGGCUACUGUAUCAGCGUAGUAUGGCGCUGCUACAAGUACCUGACAAUGCGCGCGCACGCACUGCAGACUCCAUUCGUGAUCUCGAGCGAUGAUGUAGUGAGCACGGGACAGAUGGCCCCGUACGCGGCCGCGCCCGUGCCCGACUACUCCAGCCUGCUGCCUGACUACGAGGAGGCGGUCAAGCAGACCCCGCCCCCCUCCUACCGCGCCGCCACGCUCAUGGCCGCCGCUGACCCCUCGCUUACAACCGUUCAGGAGAGGGCACAGAAUGAGCAAGCGGUGCCGCAGCCAACAAACACCAUGGUGGUACUGCCACAGAACGGCACGCAAGCCCGCGUCUGAAUCUCAUCUCAAUAUCUGACAGCACCGAGGAUUUACACAUUUAAGGGCUACUUUAUAACGUCAUAAACUUGUUCUUAAUGCUACUGGUAUAAAUACUAUGUUAACAAAAUAUUUCCCAAUACAAGUUGGAUCAUUUUGAAAGAUGGUGUCAACCUUAUACUAGUAAAAAUAUUCCGAUUGUAUAUUAUAGACAUAGUAGUUAUUUGGUGCUGUACAGUAGCGCUCCAAAAUCUUGCAACUGCACGAUUAUCAUUGAAAUUCCUGCACAGUAAGUACAAUCAUCUAAAGAUCUAUUGAUGUUUACAAGUGAAGCCC